AUGGUUAGCUCCGGCCCCUUUAAAAGCCUCCCUCGCCGGGGCUCUACACAUCUCUCACUAGCUCCUUGUGCCGUCGUGUGCCACCGCCACCACCCCCCUACUGCCUCACGUACCCCUGUUCUCUCCUCUCCUCAAGAAGGCGGGGCGGCCAUGGCGGCGCCGAACGGGCUGGCGCGGAUCGACACGACGCACCCGGAGAAGAAGGCGGCGGCGGCGGCGGCCAAGCACGAGAACGGGAUCUGCCACGACGACAGCUCGGCGCCGGUGCGGGCGCAGAACAUCGACGAGCUGCACUCCAUGCAGCGGAAGCGCUCGGCGCCCACCACGCCCAUCAAGGACACCGGCGCCUCCCCCUUCGCCGUCGCCGUCUCCGACGAGGACCGCCGGAAGCAGCAGCUCCAGUCCAUCAGCGCGUCGUUGGCGUCGCUGACCCGUGAGACCGGGCCCAAGGUGGUGAGGGGCGAUCCGGCCAGGAAGGGCGAGGCCGCCGCCAAGACCAGCGCGCCGGCGGCCGCGCCGCCGCCGCCGCAGCCCCAUCACCACCACCACCACCACGUCGCCCCCACCAUCAGCGUCAGCGACAGCUCCCUCAAGUUCACCCACGUCCUCUACAACCUCUCGCCCGGCGAGCUGUACGAGCAGGCCAUCAAGUACGAGAAGGGGUCGUUCAUCACGGCCACCGGCGCGCUGGCGACGCUGUCCGGCGCCAAGACCGGCCGGUCGCCCAGGGACAAGCGCAUCGUCAAGGACGAGGCCGCGGCGCAGGAGCUCUGGUGGGGCAAGGGCUCGCCGAACAUCGAGAUGGACGAGCACACGUUCCUGACCAACAGGGAGAGGGCCGUGGACUACCUCAACUCCCUGGACAAGGUGUACGUCAACGACCAGUUCCUCAACUGGGACCCCGAGAACCGCAUCAAAGUCCGCAUCAUCUCCGCCAGGGCCUACCACUCGCUCUUCAUGCACAACAUGUGUAUCCGGCCGACGGAGGAGGAGCUGGAGAGCUUCGGCACGCCGGACUUCACGAUAUACAACGCCGGCAAGUUCCCCUGCAACCGCUACACGCACUACAUGACGUCGUCGACGAGCGUGGACAUCAACCUGGGGCGGCGGGAGAUGGUCAUCCUGGGCACGCAGUACGCCGGGGAGAUGAAGAAGGGCCUCUUCGGCGUCAUGCACUACCUCAUGCCCAAGAGGCGCAUCCUCUCCCUCCACUCCGGCUGCAACAUGGGCCGCGACGGCGACGUCGCCCUCUUCUUUGGACUCUCAGGUACUGGAAAGACGACGCUGUCGACCGACCACAACAGGCUCCUGAUCGGCGACGACGAGCACUGCUGGAGUGACAAUGGCGUCUCCAACAUCGAGGGCGGCUGCUACGCCAAGUGCAUAGACCUCUCCCGGGAGAAAGAGCCUGAUAUUUGGAACGCCAUCAAGUUCGGAACAGUGCUGGAGAACGUCGUCUUCGACGAGCACACCCGCGAGGUGGACUACACCGACAAAUCUGUCACAGAGAACACCCGUGCCGCGUACCCGAUCGAGUACAUCCCCAACGCCAAGAUACCGUGCGUCGGGCCGCACCCCAAGAACGUCAUCCUCCUGGCGUGCGACGCCUUCGGCGUGCUCCCGCCCGUCAGCAAGCUGAACCUGGCGCAGACCAUGUACCACUUCAUCAGCGGUUACACUGCUCUCGUUGCCGGUACAGAGGACGGCAUCAAGGAGCCGCAGGCCACCUUCUCGGCCUGCUUCGGCGCGGCCUUCAUCAUGCUCCACCCGACCAAGUACGCCGCCAUGCUCGCCGAGAAGAUGCAGACCUACGGCGCCACCGGGUGGCUCGUCAACACCGGCUGGUCCGGCGGAAGGUACGGCGUCGGCAAGCGGAUCAAGCUGCCGUACACCAGGAAGAUCAUCGACGCCAUCCACUCCGGCGAGCUCCUCACGGCCAACUACCAGAAGACCGAGGUCUUCGGCCUCGAGAUCCCCACCGCCAUCGAGGGCGUGCCGUCUGAGAUCCUCGACCCGAUCAACACCUGGACGGACAAGGCCGCGUACAAGGAGACGCUCCUGAAGCUGGCCGGCCUGUUCGGGAAGAACUUCGAGGUGUUCGCCAGCUACAAGAUCGGGGAGGACAGCACCCUCACCGAGGAGAUCCUCGCUGCUGGACCCAAAGUCUGA